CUUUAACAGUUCGGAAUGGGUCCCUUUAAUCGCCCCGUUUCCGGUGCGGCUCAUUCAGUCCAAGAUGGCGGACCUCCUGGGCUCGAUCUUGAGCUCGAUGGAAAAACCUCCCACUGUCGGCGAUCAGGAGAGUCGACGGAAGGCCAGAGAGCAAGCGGCCAGAAUGAAGAAGAUGCAGGAGGACGAGAGGAAGAAGAAGGCCGAGUUCCGGAAGAGGAUGGAGAAAGAGGUGUCCAGUUUUAUCCAAGACAGCGCUGUUCAGAAGAAAAAGUAUAACCCCAUGAGCAAAAUCGAAAGGAGCAUCCUCCACGACGUGGCAGAAGUCGCAGGGCUGACAUCGUUCUCAUUUGGGGAAGAUGAGGAGAGCCGAUACGUCAUGAUCUUCAAGAAGGAGUUUGCUCCGUCAGAUGAGGAGUUGGAGGCGUACCGUAAGGGGGAGGAGUGGGACCCACAGAAAGCAGAGGAGAGGCGGAGACUGAGGGAGCAGGCAGCAUUGGACGCGCAGACGGCCAAUCAGACGGAGACACGGGCGGCCUCUCCCAGCUCCAACUACCGCGACAAGUACAGCCACCUGAUCGGCACCUCAGCCGCCAAGGAUGCUGCCCACACCCUGGAGGCCAAUCGGACGUACGGAUGCGUUCCUGUGGCCAACAAGAGGGACACGCGCUCCAUCGAGGAGGCGAUGAACGAGAUCCGCGCCAAGAAGCGGCUGAAGAAGGGCGAGGAAGAGGGCGGAGCCACGGGCAGCUCCUGAGCCGCGAAAGGCCUGCGCGUGUGUGUGUGUGCGUGUGUGAGAGAGAGAGAGAGAGAGGGAGAGAGAGGGAGAGAACACAGAAAGAUCAAGCUGAAGAGAGAGAGGGAAAGGAGGUGGAUGAUUUUAAGAGUUUUUAAUUCCUAAACUGUGUUAUUAUACCUCUGCCUCUUAUCAAAUCCUGCUUUUACUGGUGAGCGUAUAGCCACUGCACAUGCCAGAGAGACGAACACUGGAAGAACGCCGCGCUUCUUUAUCUGUCCCCCUCCCCUAGUCGUCAUGGUAACGUGUGGCUCCGCCCUCUUCCCGUAGAUCUGUCUGUCUGUCCGUCCCAGUUUUGUGUCCAAGCCUCUUUCUCAUUAAUUAGUUUUUAACCGCUAACAAGCGAGAGCAGCCAAGGCGAGGUCCAGGAGUGCCUGUUCUGUCCCGGGCCAGAGGGGGCAGUCUUGAAUGCUUUCAUUAGCUGUUUUUUUAAAGUAGGCUUUGAAUUCUGAUGAGUUCUUUGAGUGGAGUCAUUUUUGGAUAACUUUCGCCCGCCCGUUACUGUAGUGCGGGAAUGUUCUGAAGUAUUAUAAAUUCUUUCCAGCUGCUGUUGAAAGUACCCCCAUAUUAAAUGUAGUCGUUGGCUUGUCAGGUGACUGUCUUUUUGGUUUCUCUACAGUUUCUUUCCAGUUUAUAAGCAUUGGCAGGGUUCUAAUUGGCGUUUAUAUCGAUGUGGGAGUGGACAGCUGUGUGUCUGUGUGUGUGUGUGUGUGCGUGUGCGUGCGCGUGCGCGUGUAGACGAGAACAAAUGGUUUUCCUUUUUCUCCCUCUCGAUCUGCUAUUCCUCUUUCUCUCCCGGGACAGAAGCUGCUGUAGUGUCCGAGAGAAAAGAGGACCGAUUGAGUGGUUUGGAAUCGUUAAAACUGGAGUGAGCGCGUGAAUGGGCAGUAACGAAAAGGGUUAGGCAGAGAGAGGUCAGGAGUGAACGGGGCAGGCGCCCUGUUGGCUCAUUCAGAAACAGACAGGGAAACCUGUUCACUGUGAGGGACAGAGACGGGUGCCGCCAUUUUGGCUCCACUGUUUCCGCUCUUUUUUUAAUUUUUGAGUCGGUGGUUGUUUUGCCAUCCCUGCUCUGAAAGGCGAGGUGGUUCUCGGCGUUUUACUGUUGUGCGCUUCCUUUUACCCGAACAGUAACUUAUUGGCACAUUAUGGAGUAUUGUUUUCUGCUUGUGUGUUGUAAGAAAAGCAUUUUUGAUUGAAUAAAGUGGCUCAGAAACUGUGA